GACCGAUGAAAAAAAGGCGAUAAAGAAAGAGGCUUAACGUUAAUCGGCAUAAUAAUCGAACAUUUGAACCUGGGAACAAUUUAUUCUACAUUGAGACUUCAAAGCUAAAGCUUUGGCACGCCAUUGUAAUGGCUACGCUGGGUUUCGCUGUUCCAUCUAAGAAGACGCUAGUGCUUUCAAUUGCGCCUGUUCUAUUGUCAGCUUAUCUCAUAUAUCGAUUUUCACCCCCCGGCAUCGUCGGUUCGCCUCCCCCAAAGCGCGAACGCGCCGACUCUUCUUCCCCUCAGCGAAAGCAGGCUGGUCCUAUAGGGGACUCGAGGCGUGGUAAAUCUACUGACGGAGAAGAAGAAGAUGAUACAAAAGAUUACUAUGACGACCUCGUAAGCGUACUUUCGGAUGGAGAGGACAAUCAGUCAUUAUAUGACCACGUGGAACAUCGCCGUACCUAUGGGUACUAUUGCAUGUUCCGUCCAUUCUUUGAUAUUGAGAAUGAGAACGCGGAUAAGGAGGAAGAUGAUCAAGUCGACGAAGAUGAAUUGAUCAAGCAGUACAAUGAGUACAUCCGAGCUGAUGACAACAUUGAAAUGAAGCCCGCCAGUGACCAUCCCGAGCACCGGUGGAUUGCUAUGUGGGAGACAUGGAAGUUAUUUUCUGCGUGGGAGAAGCGGGCUUCCUAUACCAACCCCGAGUUUUUCAAAAUGAACGUUUCCAGGAGCUUCCACGGGUUGGGCAUGCAAGAGCAAAUCGAGAACAUGCUUCUUGUUUUCAAUAAAGAGUUUGAGAAGAAGCGAAGCAAGAGAGGUAUUCGGGAGAUGUGGGCCAUUGUGGCCGCCAUAAUGCAAUUUCUCACAGAAAUACCCCUUGAUUCAUGGAUCAGGGUGAAUGAUAAGAAAAAGUUGGAGGCAACUAUAGGCCUUAUUGGCCGCGCCUUGCUCACCACACUCAACGAACUUGAUCGGGCAAAGAUACUGAAGGCCGACUCCGAUAUCAAGGACCUGGGUCUGGUCAUAACCUUCUACCUUUACUGGGCUGAUGAGCACCAAAGGUUACGCGAGCAGGGUAUUGAACUACCCUUCCGAAAGGAAGUGAUUGCCUAUGCGAAGAAAGCUGGCGUCGAUCUCAAGAUAGCCGGAUGCUACGGCACAGAUGCAAAAGUUCAGGCCUUGGAAAAGGAACGGGGGAAGCCCAUUAAGCCGCUUUCUGGUAGCCCUAAGUCCGAUAGAUGGGACUGGAAGAAGAAGUUUAAGAGGUUCGGCAAGGACUACAAGAUUGGCGGUGAAAAAUACAACAUAUUGAAAAUGUCGCGGAAGGAGCGCGCCAGUCAUUCGCACGACAAGAAGGAUCCCCUAGCCGACAUCCCCGAUAAGGCAAUCGAGGACGGCACGGUUAGGGUGAGACCCGUGAGACCUCGAUGAGGGGUUGUCUCCAACGGACUCUCCAUUAGCAUGACAAGCUUUUUGGAGUAAUGGGAAAGGUCUUAUGCGUUUUUUAGGUAGCUUGCUCCUAUCAAGUGGUAGAGCUUCUUGUGGCUGUAGAAUUGGGUUCUGCUUAUCGUCUCACCUCAACACUGCUUAGGUAGGAACUGUAGGGGACUAGCCGACGAGAUCAUGGAUUACCCCUUACGGAAUCUGCCAAGGAACAUGUAAAGUAGACAUGUCAUUCUUCCCCUGUCGUUGCAAAGAUCUAGGUUAUAUAGGGACAAUGAAAAAAAACACGACUCGCUUGUUCCA